UAGGCAACCAACAAGGCGAUUUAUACAACCCCAACUAAGGACAGAAUGGCGCAAUUUAUUGGAAGAUCCUGGCUACAAAAUGGCGGCACCGCAACUAUGCAAAACCAAAUCUCAACACCCGUCUUUUACUUGUAUGUUCAUUAACGAAACCCAAUCUGCACAGCGUAGCUCUACGCAUAUAGCUGAGAAAAACAAAAGGAACGGACUUUGUCGAGAAAUUGAAGGGCUGGUUGCAAAAUGGGCAGCAGGGAAAGAGCUCAGAAAUUUGUGAGUUUCAGUGAACAGGACGGCGAUUCGUCGUAUCUUGAUUGCACUACAGAAUCUAUGCUUCACUGUCAGUUUCACUUUUCCUGUUCUGAAGCUGCGAUUUCUGCUUCUGAUGACGGCGCGAAUGGAACUUCAGCAGUCCUUACUAGAGGAAGAUUCGGUUCCGGGAAAGCUGCGGUCUUUACAGCUUCUCAGAGGCAAGAACUGGAGAGGCAGACUUUAGUGUACAAAUUCAUAAUCUCAUUCGUUCCUGUUCCUCCACAGCUUCUUUUUCCUUUUCUGGGAACCCAAUCCAACAGUAAUAUUCCUCAAUUUCUUGAAUUGUCACCCCCUCCAAAAUAUUAAAAAAAAGGGCAUAUCUCCUCUUUUUUGAAGGUUUUUUUGUUUUAUUUCAAAUGUAAUCUUGAUGGGUAGUUUAUUCUACCAAAAGUUGCAAAAAGGGCUUAUCUUGGUUUUAUUUAUUUAUUCAUUUUUUGGAUGACAAAGCUGGAUUGAAUUUGAAGAAUAAAGCCAGAUUGGAUCUGGAAGGGUGGAGGUGUAAGCGAACAGAUGGUAAGAAAUGGCGGUGCUCCAAGGAUGCAUUGCCCGAUAAGAAAUACUGCGAGCGACAUGCUCAUAAAAACCGACCCCGUUCAAGAAAGCAUGUGGAAAUCCAAUCUCAAAUCAGUUCUGGUAAUCAGAAGACUAACACUACGCCUAAUUGUCACUUUCAUGUACCUCCUUCAUCUGAUCAAACCAGGUCGUUUGAGUGGUUGUCUAGAAGUGGUGGUAGUACAUGCCCUUCAUCUACACUGGGAUUGAAGAGCGCACAUAGAUCUCAUUAUAAUGAUGAGCACAACAUAUUGACCUCAAAUCAGAAUCCCGAUGGGGGUGGGCAAGAAUUAAGUGACUUGUUUCGCUACCACAACAUGGUAUUUCCUCAAGGGCGUUUGAAUACAAACCAUGAGAUAAUCCAGCCAGUACAGCAUUUCUUUGAUGGUCAAUCCAUGGGAGAGAAAGGUAAGCUAGACCAUGGAGUAGAAUCUUGGAGUUCAUCAUCAAUAAUGCCUGGUGGGCCUUUGGGUGAAGCCUUGGGUCUUGGCACUUCCUCAAAUUCGUCGUCACCUCUGUUGUCUUAGCAACAUAUAUCGGUUUGGGUGAGGAUGGUUGUUGUGCUCGCUUCGUUUAUUUCAUCUCACAAAUGUGCUAGAUGCAGGUUAAAAUUCUUAGCCUUUGAUUUUGUGAAUUUAAAGUUGUGCAAAUGUGAGUUUUUGUUUUCUCUUCGGUUCGAAUGCGUUGUUCCCACUUCUUAGCACACUAUGCUUGCAUUUUUCCCAUUUCUAGUACUCACAUUUCCCUUUUACAAUUAAUGUGGCCUAAUUCAAAGCAAAUGCAUAUCUUUAGGUAAAAUAAUAAAUUCG